CGCCCGCAGCGCGUCCUCCGUCGCGUGGCUGUCGCAGCCGACGAUGGCCGACGCCGCUGCCGCCGAGGCCUUCUUCGCCGCCGCGCCCGCGUCGCAGCCCGACGCCGCGACCGUCGCCGCGCUCGAGGCCUUCGCGCGCCGCGUGCGCGGUACGGAGCGCCCCCUCGCCGUCGUCACGGCGGGCGGCACGACCGUGCCCCUCGAGGCGCGCACGGUGCGCUACAUCGACAACUUCUCGACGGGCAACCGCGGCGCGGCGCUCGCGGAGUGUCUCCUCGAGCGGGGCUACGCCGUGCUCUUCCUGCACCGGGCGACGUGCGCGUUCCCCUUCGCGCGGCGCCUCGAAAAGGCGCUCCGCGCGGACCCCGGGGCCGCGCUCGCCGCGGUCGCCGCGGGCGACGCGGCCUACGCAGCCGGCGCGGCGGCGCUCCGCGACGGCGCGCGCUUCGCGGCGGCGCCCUUUUCGUCCGUCCACGCCUACCUCGGCCUCCUCCGCGCCGCGUGCGCCGCGGUCGCGCCGCUCGGGCACCGGGCCGUCGUCGUCUGCGCCGCGGCCGUCAGCGACUUCCACGUCGCGACGCCGCCGGAGCACAAGAUCCAGAGCACCGGCGGCGCGGGCCUGACGCUGGAGCUCGACGCCGUGCCCAAGAUGCUCGGGCUCCUCAAGCCCUGGGGCGCGUCUUGCGUCGUGUCGUUCAAGCUCGAGACGGACGCGGCGCUCGUCGACGCCAAGGCGGCGGCGGCGCUGGAGCACUACGGCGUCGACGGCGUCGUCGCGAACCUGCUCGACUCCUACGCGACGCGCGCGACGGUCCACGCGCCGGCCGCGUUCGACGCGCCGCUGCGCCUCGAAGACGCGCGGGGCGUCGACGGGGCGCUCGCGGACGCGAUCGUCCGCAUCCACGGCGCCGCGGGCGCGCCGCCGCCGCCGGACCCCCUCGCCGUGCGCCUCGUCGACGAGGUUCAUGUCGAUGUUUGUAUCGACGCGCUCCUCGCGGCCGCCCGCGCGGACGUCGACCGCCGGUUCGGGACGCCCCGACCAAACUUUGACAUGCUCGAGCUCGUCGACGUCGAUUCGGCGGAGUUUUGGACGAAUCGAUCGCUCUCAGCGAGGUCUCGGAGCACGGCCGAAGAGCUCGCGUCGAAACCGUUCGAUGACGCGCGCGAAGUCGGGUUGCAUAUGUUUGUUUCCCGCCCAGGCGGCCGCGGACGGCGGCGACGCGUGCCUCGACGCGAAGCUCGCGGCCGGCGUCGCCGUCCACCACGUCGCCGCCGCGGCCUGCGGCGUGCCGUCGUGGCGC